ACGUUAGCAUCCGGAUGGCGUGAGGCAAUCAAGAACCUUAUAAUGCCUUCAGAACCUCUCAACUUUCCUACUCUCAAACACACAGAUAUAAAUAGAACUUAGCACAGAGAGCUCGGCCAAGUAGAAGAAAGAGAAAGCUAAAAGAGAAAUGAAGCAAACGUCAUACAGCAGCUUUCGCCGGAUCAAGGCGGAGAAGCUCGGCCGUUCUGCUGUCUGUACUUGCUUUCUUAUUACUGUCUUCUUCAUCACGAUAAUUAAGCAAAGCUCUCAUCCCUUACCGUUAUCAAGUUUCCAGCUAUCGGUGAGGACCAACUUGCCUUGUUCGAAGGUGAAGGAAUUUCAAUUAGGAAGCUUUACUAAGCUACGAGGCAAUGAAAGUAUAGUGUCAAAACAAGUCACUUAUCCAAAGAACUCCAUAGGAGAACAGAUGCUACAAGGCAAUGAAACUGAAACCUUAUCACUAGAUCUGGAAGAAAAUAAUCAAGUUAAUGUAAAUAUUAAGGUGAUAGAAGUACAUCAAAUUGCAAAUCAGAAGCAAGAGAAGGUUCACACCUUUGCAAGCAGAUCUGAGGAGCAAAACUACAUAAUUUCAAGCAGUGAUCAAGAGAAGAAUAAACUGAGUGGAAGUAAAUACACAUCACAAAAGAACUAUCCACAGCAUAACCACCCAAUAACGAAUAGUUCCCAAGUUCAAAAGCACAAAAUCAGAAGUGAUAUUGGUCAAGAAGGCAAGAUAAUCUGUGAUUUUUCGGAAGCCAGAUCUGAUACCUGUUCCAUGUUUGGUGAUAUAAGAGUGCAUAGUAGCUCCUUCACCAUCUUUGUAGCUAUGUCCUCUCAAUCUCCCUUUCCCUUGGAAAACUAUACGCACACUAUAAAACCUUAUGCCAGGAAAUGGGAACCACAGUCAAUGAAGAACAUCAAAGAAUUAAGGCUAAAAACAUUAACAGGCCUUCAACAAAAUCUCACUUGUAAUAUAAACCAUGCAGUUCCUGCCAUCAUCUUCUCUACAGGUGGAUUUCUAGGCAAUUUCUUCCACGACUUCACUGAUGUUCUGAUCCCACUCUUUGUCACCUCUCGCCAAUUCAAUGGGAAUGUUCAGUUCCUUGUAACUGACUUCAAUGCUAAGUGGAUCAAUAAGUACAGACCAAUUCUACAAGGCCUUUCCCGCUUUGAGAUCAUUAAUAUGGACAUACAGAAGAUUAUCCAUUGCUUCCCUUCCGUUCAUGUUGGUCUAAAAAGCCACAAAGUCCUUGGUAUCUAUCCUUCGAAGACUCCAAAAGGCUAUACUAUGUUUGACUUCAAAAAUUUUCUCAGAGAAAUCUUUUCACUUAAAAGGGGUUCUAUAGUUCAGAAGAAAUCAAGAAGAAAGCCAAGAUUACUGAUGAUACUAAGAAAAGGAUCAAGAUCAAUAAUGAAUGAAAAAGAAGUAAUCGUGAUGGCUCGAAGAAUUGGUUAUAAGGUGAUCACUGCAAGACCAGAAGAGAUGAAGGAAUUGCCAAAGUUUGCUGAUAUUGUGAAUUCAUGUGAUGUGAUGAUGGGAGUUCAUGGGGCUGGGUUAGCUAAUAUGGUGUUCCUUCCAGAGAAAUCAACAGUGAUUCAAAUAAUUCCAUUGGGAGGUUUAACAUGGGCUUGUAGACAUGACUAUGGUGAGCCUGCUCCAGAAAUGGGGAUUAAGUAUUUGGAAUAUGAGAUUACAGAUAAUGAAAGUUCAUUAAUAAAACAGUACCCAAGAGAUCAUGCAGUCUUCAAGGAUCCUUUUUCAAUCCAUAGGCAAGGUUGGAAUCAGUUAUGGUCUAUCUUUCUAGACAAACAGAAGGUCAAUAUUGAUGUUGGGCGAUUUAGGGGUUUGUUGUUGGAGGUUUAUCAUUCUAUCAAACAAUAGACAGUGGGUAUUUCAUCUAUUUCUCAUCAUUAUAUUUUUACAUGAUCAAAGUUGUAAAGAAUAAUUGCCUGCGUUCAUAUCAAGGAAUCUUGUUACAUAUGAAAGCUAAUUUUGAUAAUUUUAUCAAAGAAGA